AUGGAUAAGAAAGGUGAACUAGUUCAUGUGACAGGCGACACCCUCGAUCGCUUUGUACUACACUCGACAUUGCUACGACUGAUCGACCCUGUCCGAGGCAAACCGACCCGGAGUACACUCGAUGAGAACCCAGACGACAGCUUUUUGGGUGCAUGGCAGCUUCAGAAAAAGUUUCUAGACUCAUUUGCUCUUAUUUGCUCAACGUCUAGCUCAGGAGCAGAAACAGCCACGGCUGUUUGUCUGGAAAUACACGAUGAAAAAAUUGGAAAAAUCCUCCGUUUGGCGCGAAACCACGGCUUGACACCUGAGGAUCUAGCUGAACUACAAAGAGUGUUGAAAGUGCUGCAAGAGGUCUCUAGAAGGGAAACGCCAUCACCGCAAGCCGAGACCAAGGUUCUACAACUGGUUGCUGAGCUUGACAAAGGCCGAAUUCUGUCAAUUGCAGAAAGGAUUGAGAAGCGAGGAAUUCGCCAAUUUCUACAAAAAGCACAGUUUGGAGUCUAUGGUAGUCAACUCCAAUCAGAAAAACUCAGGAUCUGGCUCGAGAGUUGCCCUUUCACAGCCUCUGCUUCCCGUAUCCAGAAUUGGACUUGUGAGACUAUCAUCAAGCUCAUCAAUUGGGCGUCGGAAGCUCGAUGGCAGUACGCUGAGCAACUCCGAACUUUACUUAAACUUGAUGAAUCACAAAGCCAGUCUUGGUUGGAUAAUCUACACAAAGUCGCUCGCUAUCAUUCUGCGAUCAAAUCCAUGGUCAAGUUUGCUAUGAAGGAGCCUGGCAUCUUUGCUAAUAUUGCUAUCCGACCGAUCAAUGCUCCUCGUCAACGCCGGUUCAAACUCCCAAAAGACGAACCUCCACUGCUUGCAAUCGUUCGUACACUUAUAGGAAAAGAUACGAACUCGACUAUGGAGAAGCUUGAAAAGCAUUUGGGCACCCAUGAUGUUGAAGCGAGGCUGCGUAGAGCCUGUCCCCCGAUGCUGACACUUCAUGCCGAGAUGCAAAUCGUUGUGUUUUACGAAAGCAACCCUGGGGUAGCUCCCCACCUGAGACUCAUUGGGACGAGUAAAAAAGCUUGCUUUCUUUGCGACAAAUAUCUGCGUCAUCAUCCACUCAGGCUGCAAGCUUCAGCUUGCCACCAAAAGAUUUACCCGUCGUGGAUGCCACCGCCAUACUACAACGUCCCAGGAAAUUCAGCAAAACUCGCCUUCAUAAAUCUAAGUCGUGAUAUCGCGAAUUUGGCGGGGCAGGACCUAAAGACAGCACUUACUGCUCCCCCCCGGCCACCAAACUAUGAUUCGACUGCUGGGCCUUCUCUGACCUUAACAGCAACUGUACCUACGGAACUGAGGUCACUGCAAAAUACUCCAGCGAAAUCUACGGUUCAAGAUGAAAGUUCCUCAGAGGAUUCUGGUUGA